UUCUCUGAAUCAACCUCAAAUCCAUUCAUCCAUGGCUUCUCCUUUCUUCCAUCAUCAACCUCAAACAACAACUGAUGAUGACAGUAUUGCAAUCCUCUUCUCAUCCAAUUCCAACUCCCCUCUUUACGAAUUAGAACUAGACGAAUCCACCAGCCUUUCCUCCACCACCACUCCCUCAAUCCAUUCCCAACUAUCAUCAUCAACAACAACAAAACCCACUUAUAAUAAACUCACCACCAAAAACCUCUCUUACUCAAUCUCCCAAAAGGGUCCCAAUUCGAUCUCAAAUCUGAUCUAUUCUAUCGUCCCAUUAAUCAAAAAUACCAACCCAAACCAAGUUCCGAUUCUCAAAUCAGUCUCGUUCGAGGCCAGAAGCUCUGAAAUACUUGCCAUUGUAGGCCCAAGUGGCACUGGAAAAUCCACAUUGCUGCGAAUCAUCUCCGGGAGAGUUAGAAACAACAACGAUUUAUUCGAUGAUAACAGGGCCUGCAUUUAUAUUAACGAUCAGGAUGUGAAAUCGGCGACCCAUUUGAGGAAAACAUGUGGGUUCGUUCCGCAAGAGGAUGAUUUACUGCCAUUGUUGACGGUUAAGGAGACGCUCAUGUUCAGUGCUAAGUUCAGGCUUGUUAAAGAGAGAGUGGAACGAGUUGAGAGCUUGAUGCAGGAGCUUGGACUUGCCCAUGUCGGGGAUGGAUUUGUUGGGGAUGAAGAGAAAAGAGGAAUAUCAGGAGGAGAAAGAAAGAGGGUUUCUAUUGGAGUGGAGAUGAUGCAUGAUCCUCCAUUUCUUCUCCUUGACGAGCCCACUUCCGGCCUCGACAGUUCAUCAGCACUUCAGGUGAUGGAGCUGUUAUCGUCCAUGGCGAAAUCAAAGCAGAGGACAAUCAUAUUAUCAAUUCACCAGCCAAGUUACAGAAUCCUGGACUUCAUCUCCAGUUUCUUGAUUCUUUCUCAUGGCUCAGUCGUCCACCAUGGCAGUCUCCAUUCUCUAGAAGAAACAAUCAACAAAUUAGGCUUCAGAAUCCCACCCCAACUCAAUCCUCUCGAAUUCUCCAUGGAAUCCGAAAUCAUCUCCGCCCUGGAACAUCACUACAAUACGAAUUCCAUUUCCAAUUCCACCCAACAACAGAUCAACUUCCCAUCAUCAAAACCAUGGAAGCCAGACGAUAAUAGUAGUAUCAUUAACAACAACGAAUUCCCAGGAUUUGAAAUCUUGGUCCUGUGCUCGAGAUUCUGGAAAAUCAUUUAUCGAACGAAACAGUUGUUCUUAGCCAGAACAGUUCAGGCCCUGGUGGGAGGAUUCGGGCUAGGAAGCGUGUACGUAAGUGUAAAGAAAGACGAAACUGGCAUCGCGGAAAGACUCGGCCUAUUCGCGUUCAGCUUAAGCUUCCUCCUAUCAUCAACCGUGGAAGCUUUACCGAUUUACCUUCAAGAAAGGAGAGUCCUAAUGAAAGAAGCAUCCAGAGGGGCAUACAAGAUAUCAUCAUACAUAAUCGCAAACACAAUCAUCUUUCUCCCAUUCCUUUUCGCAGUCGCCCUACUCUUCUCCAUCCCCGUUUACUGGCUCGUGGGACUUAACCCAUCUCUUCCCGCCUUCUCCUUCUUCGUAUUCCUCGUUUGGAUGAUCGUUCUAAUGGCCAGCUCCUUAGUGAUGUUCCUGAGCGCCGUGUCGCCCGAUUUCAUAUCAGGAAAUUCUCUAAUCUGUACGGUUUUGGGCGCGUUUUUCCUGUUCUCGGGAUACUUCAUACCCAAGAAGAAUAUACCCAAGUAUUGGAUUUUCAUGUACUAUGUUUCGAUUUAUCGAUAUCCUUUGGAUUCAAUGAUUACCAAUGAGUAUUGGAGCCAAAGAGAUGUUUGUUUCUCUAGAUCUGAUCUGAUGAUCUACAAUAAUAGUACCGGAGGAGGAGGAGAUUACAAGUGUUUGACGACGGGGAAUGAUGUGCUUAAGAACGGAGAUCUAGAAGGAGACAACAGAUGGAUUAACGUUGGAAUCAUGUUUGGAUUCUUUAUCAUUUAUAGGGUGCUUUGUUGGAUCAUUCUUCUGCGAAGAGUAUCUAAAACAACAAUAUGA